CCCUUCCCCCUGAAAUUACAAAUGGCCGAAAAAUUAUACCUAUCGUCGUCAAAGAAAUGUUAUUUUUGCGACAAUCGUAACAUGUACUGCUGAAUUAUUACGUGUAACUUAGAAUAUUAUUACCAAAGCGAAAUAAUAUCUGAGUGACGUGAUGCUUAGAAUAAUGGUUAAUACAUAAGAGACAUUACCGUGAAAGAAUAUAUAGAUUGGUACUAACAUAACCUUAUUUUAGAUUUAAAAUGGAGCUUCCGCAGCCGCCACAAGAUCAAGACUUGCGAAACAUAAUUGACAAACUCGCACAGUUUGUCGCAAGAAAUGGACCUGAAUUCGAGAAAAUGACGAAGAACAAGCAAAAAAACAAUCCGAAAUUCAGCUUCCUGUACGGCGGAGACUACUUCAACUACUACCAGUACAAAGUGACAACGGAGCAAGCAAUUCUAAAGCAAUCGGCCGGUGGCCAGCCGGCUCCUGCUCCCGCCGGGGCUUAUAUGGCACAGAACAGGCAAUAUGUAAUGCCCCAACAGGCCGGAGCAACUCCCGCUCAGCUGGGCCUAGCGGCGUCGAUGGCGGUGGCGCCCGCGCUCCAGCAGUGGCUGGCGGCCAACUCGGCGCCGCCCGGCUCCUCGCAGCACGCCCACCAUGACCUCGACAACAUCACUGCACAGAUCAACAUGCUCAAAGAGCAAAUUACUCAGUCUGAGAAUAAUCUAAAUGCUCAACACACGGUGUUGAUCCAACAACAGCAAGCUAAGAUCAACGAGUUGGUGAGCAAGGCUCAAGUGGAGACUAUUCAGAUGAUGGCUGAAGACAACCAUAUCAGCCUCAGUGAACUUGACAGCAUUUUACAACCUAUCAUAGACACAUGCACCAAAGACAGCAUAUCGUCAGGCAAGGGCUGGAUUUUACAGCAUGCCACAUCACACGACGCCGGCAAAGUCAUAUCACAGCAUCUACUCAGAAAGGUGACACAGCCCGGAGCAGCAUUCACUCAGAAACUUCACAUCAUAUACCUUGUCAAUGAUGUUCUACAUCAUUGUGCACGCAAAAACGCUGAAGAUCUCAAGAAAAAUUUGGAAAAUGUGGUGGUUCCAAUGUUUUGCAAUACCAGUAUAGCCGUCACAGAGGAACAGGAGGCUAAGCUUAACAAGCUGCUGCGUCUCUGGGAAUCCAAGUCUAACUAUUUCGAAACUGCGGUCAUUGAGAAAAUGAAGAGUCCCACCAGCUCCUACCAGGAGUACCAGAACAACCUUAUUUCUCAGCAUUCAAAUGCUAUUGCACAUUUAACACAACAAACUAAGUCCACAUUCGAAAACUACCAAACUCAACACCAAGCUUUCGUUGCACAUUCAAUGCAACAGAUACAACAAUUGGAAAUGCAAAAGCACGCCAUAGAAUUACAGAACAGUCAUGAUCAAAAUAAAGAUACUAUGCAACCAAACAACAUGCAAAACAAUUUUCAAAACAACAGCUUUAAUGACCAAAACUUUCCUCCAAUGGGUGGCUAUGAACCCAACUUCAAUCAGAAUAAUCAAUAUGGCAGCGAAAAUGGCGACAACUAUACGUCUAAUAACAGUUUGAGUGGUAACGAAAACAGUUACGACAGUCAGACCUUUGAUCAGAUAACAAGCCAGAAGAAGAAGGAGGUUGUUGAGGAACCUGACUUAUCAAAUCUUCCGAAUGUGAACUUUUCCCAACCGCCUCCUGGCUUCAUACCGAACGAACCUCCAGCACUGUUAGCAUUCCAGAAUGGUCUUCCAGAUCUUAGUAAACCCCCACCUGGAUUCCCACCGUUCAAUGAAGUCAUUAAUGAAGAAUUAAUGCCCUCUGUUCCCUAUUUCGAACUACCUGCUGGUUUGAUGGUCCCACUCAUAAUGUUGGAAGAUGACAUAUACAGACCGUUAGAUCCAGCGAAAAUUCGCCUACCUCCUCCUGCCCCGCCAAAUGAAAGGUUGUUGGCUGCCGUCGACGCCUUCUACGCGUCACCAAAUCAUGAACGACCCAGAGACAAUGAGGGCUGGGAAAAAUUGGGGCUAUAUGAGUACUACAAAGCUAAAAACGCUGCUAGAAAAUUGAAAGAAGAAGCGAUAGCGCAGGGCUUUCGGGAGAAGUCCAAGUCUCCUAGUCCAAUACCAAAAGACUUGCAGAAACAACCAACACCGCCCGGGAGAAGAUACAGAUCAAAGAGUAAAACACCAGAGAAGCCCUCACCGGCAAAAUCAAGGUCAAGGUCGCCGUCUCCAAGAAGAAAAUCUACGUCAUCAUCAUCCACAUCAUGGAGAAGAGAACGGGAAAGGGAGGGCCGCGAGAGUCGUCGGCGAUCUCGAUCUAAGUCAAGGUCACGUUCACGGAGCAGAUCGAAGGAACGGGACAGGCACAGGGACUCACCGAGGUCGCGGCGCGUUGAACGAUCGAGAUCCCCGACUCCACCUAGUUUUCUUGGCGGAGCAUACCCGAGCACGUCUACUUCAGGACUUGACGCGAGUAACAAGGGCCACCAGCUCUUACAGAAGAUGGGAUGGAGCGCCGGCGGUUUGGGAGCCUCCGGUCAGGGCAUUGCCGAGCCGAUCAGCGGCGGCAUUGUUCGGGACAGACAAGAUCAGUAUAAAGGUGUAGGUGUAAACCUAAACGACCCCUAUGAAAACUUCAGAAAGAACAAAGGCGCAGCAUUUAUUACGAGGAUGAAGGAGAGAGCGUUAGAGCGAUCAUCGUGAUCGCUAGAUGGACUCAUGAAUAGGUGUAAAUGUGUAUGUAUGUUGCGUGGUUGGGAUAUGAUUUAUUUUAUCUAAAUCAUCUUAAAUAAAGAUAUAUAAAUUUU